CAAAUAUACAACUUCGAAGAAAACUCUUCCCCUUCCCUUUCUUAGCAGUCGCCAAGAACUUCUGAAGCUAGAGGACCCUAUAAAUAAUCCAAUUUUAUUUAUUUUUUAUAACAAUUCUAUUGAGUUCGAAUACUCAUAAGAAAGAAGAUUUCAAAAAAAAAAAAAAGAAAACUCAUACGAAAGAAAACAGAAAAGGAAAAUGGGAUCAUCGGAGACGACGUUUUUGCAAAAAUUAGCAUUAUACGCCGCAAGUGCAGCCUUAAGUUACCUUGUACUGCUUGCGGGGCUCCAACAUCUUGACCCGAACCGCGAAGUUUCGAAGAAGAAGAAGAAGGAAAUCGCGAAGCGCUUGGGUCGCCCUCUUGUCCAGACCAACCCCUAUGAGGAUGUGAUAGCCUGCGAUGUCAUAAAUCCUGAUCAAAUUGAUGUGAAAUUUGAUUCAAUUGGAGGAUUGGAAACUAUUAAACAAGCUUUAUAUGAACUGGUGAUUCUUCCACUAAAGAGACCUGAGCUCUUUUCACAUGGGAAGCUUCUUGGUCCGCAAAAAGGUGUCUUAUUGUAUGGACCACCAGGUACCGGUAAAACUAUGCUUGCCAAGGCUAUUGCAAGAGAGUCUGGAGCUGUUUUUAUUAAUGUGAGGAUCUCCAAUCUGAUGAGCAAGUGGUUUGGUGAUGCACAAAAGCUCGUGGCUGCUGUUUUUAGCCUGGCUUAUAAGCUUCAGCCUGCUAUUAUAUUUAUUGAUGAAGUUGACAGUUUCUUGGGGCAGCGCCGUUCAACAGAUCAUGAGGCAUUAACAAAUAUGAAGACUGAGUUCAUGGCCUUGUGGGAUGGGUUUACAACAGAUCACAAUGCACGAGUGAUGGUUCUUGCUGCAACAAAUCGCCCAUCAGAACUUGAUGAAGCGAUACUUCGGCGCCUCCCCCAGUCCUUUGAGAUUGGGAUCCCUGAUCGCAGGGAGAGAGCUGCCAUAUUGAAGGUUAUUUUGAAAGGUGAGAGAGUGAAUGACAGCAUUGACUUUGAUUACAUCGCAAGCUUGUGCGAAGGUUAUACAGGUUCGGAUCUACUUGAACUCUGCAAGAAAGCAGCUUACUUUGCUAUCAGGGACUUGUUGGAUGAAGAAAAGAAGGGGAAAAACUGCAGUGAACCAAGGCCACUGUCCCAGACAGAUUUGGAGAAAGUGCUUGCUACAUCAACUAAGACAAAGGUUGCUGCAACUGAGUACACUAGGUCAAGCUCACAACCAGCUGGAUGGUCUACAUCAUCAGAUGAUUACCAGGAGAUCACAGAAGAAAAAUAAGGCCAAAUAGAAAGCAUCUUUACACAUGGAACACACAGUGACUGACUAGUCUUAUCAUAAGAAGAAUGACAGCACCUUAACAUGGGUGAGUUUUGGCCUCAGGUUUUCAAGUAUGUCACUAUCCUUAUUCUUCUGGAUUUGGAGUUUUGCUAUAUUGAAGAGAGAAACUCCAAGAAGAUUGUCUUUUAGUAUCUAAUGGUUGAGGAAUGAUCUCUCCAAAAGCAUGUGGACUUUACUAAUUGGAUCAAUUAUUCAAUCCUUUAUUUAUUGAUCAUUUGAAGGUCAAUUGGGUACACAAAGAAAGGGCUGUUCUUUAGUAAAAUCAUUACCUAGGAUUGUUUUGUUCGGCAUAAAUGUUGCAGCUGUUAUUGGUACAAGUAUCAAAUUGCAUGUGCUUACUAAGAUCAUUUAAAUUUACUUUUAAGUUGUGUUUGGGUCAAAUCUUGCGGGGAACUCAAUUUUCAUUUACAAAUUAUAAGAAAAGAAAAAUAUUUUUACUAUUUGGUAGUCUAUAUAAUAAAUGUAGACUUCAUUAAAUGGAA